AUGGAUGGUACGCCGCUUGUCCUUGACAAUGGCUCCGGGUCUGUCAAGGUGGGCUAUGCAGGAGAACUUGAGCCCAAGGUGGUCUAUGAGAAUAUCUACACGGCCUUGAGAGCCUCCCGCCACGAGCCCUCGAAGGCAGCGGCAGAAGCGCUGCAGAGAAGCAAUGCCAGGCUGCAUGUGAUGGACCACGGCAUCGUGUCUCAGUGGGAGGGUCUUGUGGAAGUGCUCCAGGCGGCCCUCGAGGAAAUGAAGGUUGACGAUCCAUCUCAGCAUCCUUGCCUAGUUACCGAGGCGCCUUUGAAUCCAACAGUUCAUCGAGAACUCUUGGUUGAGAAGCUCUUUGAAGAAAUGCAAGUGCCUUCUGUCCAGGUGGCACACUCAGGGCCGCUUGCACUCUAUGCGACGGGAAGGCGGACCGGCCUUGUUGUGGAAGUUGGCGAUGGUGUAGCUCAGACAGUUCCCCUGUAUGAUAGCUACGUCAUCUUCAAUGCAGUCCGGCGACGAGAUUAUGGCGGACGGGACUUGACUGCUUACCUCGGCGAGCUCCUUUCAAGGGAGCUUGGAUACAAGGAAGCGCUGGCCAAUGAGGUAUGGUGGACACAGCUCCAGACUGUGAAGGAGCGAAUGUGUCGAGUCGCCACUCCACAAAGCUUGCCCACAUCGGAGGGGCCUAAGCAGCAUGAGUACAAGCUGCCGGAUGGCAAGGUUCUGGACUGGGAACAGGGACUUCUGUCACAGUGCACUGAGGCUUUGUUCCAGCCUGGCCAGCACUUGAAAUUGGACGAGGAGGCUGAGGGCAUCCAAAAGAUGGCGGCGGGCAGCAUUUUGGAUUGUAGUCUUGACAUCCAGAAAGACUUGGCAGGCAAUGUCGUUCUUUCUGGUGGCUCGACAAUGUUUCCUGGAAUGUGUGAGCGUGUUCAGGAGGAGUUGCAGCGCUUGCUUCCAUCAGCCGUGAAGGCCAAAGUGACACGCGUGGGCAACCCUACGUGUGCAGCUUUCAUUGGUGGCUCCAUCCUGGCUUCAAUGCCAGAUGUGCGGAAGAGUUUCAUGACCAAGGGGGAGUACAUGGAGUAUGGCGCUGCGUUCAUCCAUAACAAGAGUGUCAGUCUAACGAAACCAUAUUUGACGUGCUGA